AUGGUUGAUGUUAAUUCUUGGAAAUCACCAAACUUCCGACAAAGCAUGGCAAACAAGAUCAAUGAAGCUAUCCAGCAAUCCGGGUUAACACUUAGCGAAAAUGGUCUUGAAAUGGAAAAUGACUGUUUCACUAGAGCCCGCACCAAAGACGAAUACCUUGGCUAUGUCGCUCGUUUGAUUGUUCACUUCCGCGGAAUGAAUUCGAAGAAAAAUCCAGAAAAUGUGGCAGGCUCAAAUCAAGACGGAGACAACCCUGGCCAGCAGGGCGGUAUGCCGGAUCCUGCUUCAUAA